AUGAGGUGCACAUGCCCCGGUGGUCUCAGCAGCCGAAUGCGAAUGCGACCAUGGCUGGUGCAGCGGCAAUGUCUGUCGGCCUUGAGGCCAGCAGCUCUUGGAGGUAGCCUCUGCCUUCGAACUCUUUCUUUCCUCUCCCCAACGACGACGACGACGACGAUCCGACCGAUAACGACGAGAAUAUCCUCCCUUCCUCCAUCUCGACAACCUCUCCUCCCCCCACCAAUACCCCAACUCCGCCGGGCGGCAUCCUCAACCCCCACAACCAAAGACGGCCCCCUAGAACGAAAAUCUGCCUCCCUCGAGGAGCGGAUCUCCAAAAUCCCCAUAUCCCGCUAUCGCAAUUUCUGCAUCGUCGCGCACAUCGACCACGGGAAAUCAACACUUUCCGACCGCCUGCUCGAACACACGGGCACCAUCCUCCCCGGUCAAGACAACAAACAGGUCCUGGAUAAACUCGAUGUUGAGAGGGAAAGGGGGAUAACGGUCAAGGCGCAGACGUGUACGAUGAUAUGGAACUACCCCAAGGAUGGCCAGGAUUAUUUGCUCCAUCUAGUUGACACACCCGGGCAUGUUGAUUUCAGGGCGGAGGUUACGAGGAGUUAUGCCAGCUGUGGGGGAGCGAUCUUGCUCGUGGACGCCAGUCAGGGGGUUCAAGCCCAAACGGUGGCGAACUUUUACUUGGCGUUUGCCCAGGGGCUGAGUCUAGUGCCGGUGGUCAACAAAGUCGAUCUGCCCACUGCUGAUGUGGACAGGGCGUUGGGGCAGAUGGAGGAGGUGUUUGAGUUGGAUUGCAAGGAUGCUGUGAAAGUCAGCGCGAAGACGGGGAAGGGGGUGGGGGAUAUCCUACCGGCUGUGGUGGAGAGGGUGAGGGCGCCCGAGGGGGAUUUGGACAAGCCGCUGAGGAUGUUGUUGGUGGAUAGCUGGUAUGACACCUUUCGGGGGGUGGUGCUUCUGGUGAGGGUGUUUGACGGGACGGUGAGGGCGGGGGAUCGGCUGGUUAGUUUUGCGACGGGGAAUGAGUAUGUUGUUGGGGAGGUGGGCAUACAGUAUCCUGGGGCGGUGCCGCAGAGGUGCCUGAGGGCGGGACAGGUGGGGUAUGUGUUUUUUAAUCCGGGCAUGAAGAGGAUACAAGACGCAAAAAUAGGGGAUACGUUUACUGUCAAAGGGAAAGAAAAGGAGGUGGAGGCGUAUCCUGGGUUUGAGGAGCCAAAGCCGAUGGUUUUUGUGGCGGCUUUUCCGACGGAUCAGGGGGAUUACGAGAAGUUGAAGGAUAGCAUCGGGCAACUGGUGCUGAAUGACAGGAGUAUCACUCUGCAAAAGGACCAUUCCGACGCGCUGGGGGCGGGGUGGAGGUUGGGGUUUUUGGGGAGCUUGCACUGUAGCGUUUUUCAGGACCGGUUGAGGGGGGAGUACGGGAGUGAUAUCAUUAUUACGGAGCCGGCGGUGCCGGUCAGGAUUGUCUGGAGUGAUGGGAAGGAGGAGAUCAUCACCAACCCGGCUGAGUUUCCGGAUGGGGAGGAUCACAGACUGAAAAGGGCGACGCUGUAUGAGCCGGUUGUGGCGGCAACGAUCACGCUGCCGGAGGAGUACUUGGGGCGGGUGAUGGAGCUUUGUGAGAGCGUGAGGGGGGUGCAGAAGAGCGUCGAGUUUUUCAAUGCUACGCAGGUCAUUCUCAAGUAUGAGUUGCCGACGGCGAGUUUGGUGGAUGACCUGUUUGGCAAGUUGAAGGGGGCCACGAAGGGGUACGCGACGCUGGAUUAUGAGGAUGCGGGGUGGAGGGAGAGCAACCUGGUGAAGCUGAACUUGCUUGUGAACAAGGAGCCUGUGGAUGCAAUCGCGAGGGUGGUGCACAACAGCCAGGUGGAGAGGUUGGGGAGGCAGUGGGUGACCAAGUUUAAGGAGCAUGUUGACAGGCAGAUGUUUGAGGUCAUCAUCCAAGCCGCGGCAGGCAGGAGAGUCGUCGCCAGAGAGACGCUCAAACCCUUCAGAAAAGACGUCUUGGCUAAGCUGCACGCCAGCGACAUUGGCCGAAGGAGAAAGCUGCUCGACAAGCAAAAGGCCGGUCGCAAGAGGUUACGAGCUGUGGGCAACGUCGUGAUUGACCAGUCGGCGUUCCAGAAGUUCUUGACAAAGUGAGCUUUUGUGCACCCUGCAUCAUGAGAAAUGUAACAUAUUGUGCAUAUUACCACAUCGAACGAAAGGCACAUGAUUAUGUUUAUGUUAUGCUUUUCGAUUCAUCCUCGGUGUCAUCAUAGUCGGGCAAGUCGUCUAUGGCAAUAUCCUCUUCAUGCUCCUUCUUUUCGGAAGGACCAUUGUUUCCUUCUGUCCCUUACUCUGCUCACCCUCUUUUUCAGUCUCCCCAUCGUUGUUAACCACCACCCCCUUUACCUCUCCCUCAGUCGCCCCAGGCGGGGAAAUGUUUCUCACCCUCGCCUGGAGAACGCUCCCCAGCCGGGUUUAUCCCGAACGUCACCCCCACUCCCCCUCCCACGGCGCCGCCU